CGCCGCAAGGAAGUUUCGAGAGCUUUCGAGGGAGGACCCCUUAACUCAAAUCCAUCCGCCAGAUAUUAUUCCUACUUUUUCUUAAGGGAGGAGACGAGUCGCCUGGAAAAGAGGGGAGCUGAUUUUUUAGGGUUCUUUCUUCGGCUCUGAGGAACUUGGGGCUCAGUGGCAGGGUCUAAUUGAGCCGCGGGAGGUGGGGCCGACGGAACUACUUUCAGCAGCGUACGGACACGGCGGCUACGUGGGCAGUGAUGAGUGACGCAACAGACGCCGCAUAAAUUUCAGCCCCGCGGAGCCGCGGGCGUUCAGGAGCGGCUGGCGUUGUAGGUUGUCGGUCUGUUGCGGCCUGGGUGACUCGACGUGAUUGCGUCCAGUGUCUUUGCGUUCGCUAACAGGUCAAAAUGCAGAUCUUCGUGAAGACCCUGACCGGCAAGACCAUCACCCUGGAGGUGGAGCCCAGUGACACCAUCGAAAAUGUGAAGGCCAAGAUCCAAGAUAAAGAGGGCAUCCCCCCUGACCAACAGAGGCUUAUCUUUGCCGGCAAGCAGCUGGAAGAUGGCCGCACUCUUUCUGAUUACAACAUCCAGAAAGAGUCGACCCUGCACCUGGUCCUGCGCCUGAGGGGUGGCAUGCAGAUCUUCGUGAAGACCCUGACGGGCAAGACCAUCACCCUGGAGGUGGAGCCCAGUGACACCAUCGAAAAUGUGAAGGCCAAGAUCCAGGAUAAAGAGGGCAUCCCCCCUGACCAGCAGAGGCUCAUUUUUGCAGGCAAGCAGCUGGAAGAUGGCCGCACUCUUUCUGAUUACAACAUCCAGAAAGAGUCGACCCUGCACCUGGUCCUGCGCCUGAGGGGUGGCAUGCAGAUCUUCGUGAAGACCCUGACGGGCAAGACCAUCACCCUGGAGGUGGAGCCCAGUGACACCAUCGAAAACGUGAAGGCCAAGAUCCAAGAUAAAGAGGGUAUCCCCCCUGACCAGCAGAGGCUUAUCUUUGCUGGCAAGCAGCUGGAAGAUGGCCGCACUCUUUCUGAUUACAACAUCCAGAAAGAGUCGACCCUGCACCUGGUCCUGCGCCUGAGGGGUGGCAUGCAGAUCUUCGUGAAGACCCUGACCGGCAAGACCAUCACCCUGGAGGUGGAGCCCAGUGACACCAUCGAAAAUGUGAAGGCCAAGAUCCAGGAUAAAGAGGGCAUCCCCCCUGACCAGCAGAGGCUCAUUUUUGCAGGCAAGCAGCUGGAAGAUGGCCGCACUCUUUCUGAUUACAACAUCCAGAAAGAGUCGACCCUGCACCUGGUCCUGCGCCUGAGGGGUGGCAUGCAGAUCUUCGUGAAGACCCUGACCGGCAAGACCAUCACCCUGGAGGUGGAGCCCAGUGACACCAUCGAAAACGUGAAGGCCAAGAUCCAAGAUAAAGAGGGCAUCCCCCCUGACCAGCAGAGGCUUAUCUUUGCCGGCAAGCAGCUGGAAGAUGGCCGCACUCUUUCUGAUUACAACAUCCAGAAAGAGUCGACUCUCCACCUGGUUCUCCGUCUUAGGGGUGGCUGUUAAUUCUUCAGUCUUGAAUUCAUAGUGCCCAGUGAUGGUAUUGCUCUGCACUAUAGCCAUUUGCCCCAGUUUAAGUUUAGAAAUUACCAGUUUCAGUAAUAGCUGAAUCACUGGUUUUCUCAAUAGCUGUUCAAAAUGUUAAUAAAAGUUCUGUUGCAUGGUAGCAUA